AUGACAUCGUCGGCACCCACUCGUGUUUCGAGUGUGCCUCGUGUUACACCCGCGCAGGCCCAGACGCCUGCCACGCCGAGAGCUCCUAGGGCACGUCAAACGCCUAUUCCGUCUGGUUUGCCUGCUGUCAGUAAACCUCUGCCCGUUGCGGCUGCAGCUGCUCCGUCUCCGCUUCUUCCGGCUUUCUUUCACAGCCCUGUCACCGUGCGGUUCACCGCAGCGCAUACCCUGAAGCCCGAGACCCCUGCGCCUCCUCCGUCUCCCGAGCCGGCACCUCGUACUCGCAAACACGCUGGUAAGGGCAAGGCCACACAGCCGGCCACGACACCUUCGCGUCAUCCCGUCAUCACCCCCGAGUUCUUGUUGGAGAUCAACUCCGCGAUCUCGCGUCUUAGUGGUCGACACCGCGAAUCUAUUGACGUGCCCCAGGCUUCAACGUUGCUGUCGACCGGGCCGCGUGCGUCCUCAUCCAGUGACGCCGCCCACCACAACAACGUUAUGGAGGAUAUAAACAGGCGCAUUGCCAAGAUCACCAUCCCCGGCAAGUCUCUCCAGUCCGUAGCUGUCAAGCAGUCGAGCUCGGGAGUGACCUUCACAAUGUUGAACGGCGAGAAUGCUAUCGAGGUGGUCGACUCUGACUCCGACGGCGAGCACUCGCCCGACUCGGAUCACAAUGUUUAUACUGAUUGCGGUGACAUCUGGGAGACUCCCCCGCAGCCUAACGAGUACGGCGGUAGCAUUCGACAUGCUCACGAUGAUGUCCGCGCCGUCAACGCUGCCGUCGACGCUUCCGAGGCCAAACAUCUGGGCGAAGGGAGCCGUGCGCAGACGGCGAGCGGUGUUGAGGCGCCCAACGCGUUCUCAGAGUUAGAAGUCAGGUCAAAUUGUUCACCCUUGUUCAACUUCUGA